AUGGCCAGUAAUAAUCCUUACAUAGUUGUACUUAUGUAUCCCAAUCGUCGCAUGUUUAACGGCAACAACGGGGUCACAUUUGAGUGCGAGGAUCCGAUAUUGUUUCGCACUCAACGUGUGAAUACGUUGUCGGAUUUGAAGAGUUUAAUACUGAGCAAGUUUGGAGGUACAGUGGCGAGAGAAAUCGGAAGGGUGGUGUAUAGGUUACUGUCUCCCAUGGGAAAUGGAGUGUUUCGAUUUCGACUAUUCCGACUUCAAGGGGACGAGCAUGUGCGAGUGAUGUUCAAUAUACAUGGGAGGAUCAUGGUGGAGCAAGUAAUGGAGCUAUCUGCAGAGGUGGGGCACAGUGGUGGUGGUCCUUCUGUACAAUCGACCUAUGUGCAGGACGACCGACCUCUCGCACCACCGCCCAUUCAUGUCGCCGUUCCAGUGGAUGAGGCGGAGGAGGGUAAGGAGGAGUCGGAUGAGGAUUACGUGGGGGAUAGUGGUGAUAGAGAAUCGUCUGAUGGUGAGGAUGAGAAUGAGUGUGUUCCGGAGACACCUGUUCCGACUGUCCCCCGCCAUGUCCUGCCUCCCCUUCUGGCGAUACUGGCGCUUUUGGCGGUUCCGUCUCACUAUCACAGUCUGAAUUUGGACGCCAUGCACGAGAGGACUCCAUUUCUUGACACGGGUGAAGAGGAUUACAACCUAAACGACAGUGUAGAGUUUCGGGUCGGACACAAGUUUAGAAGCCGAGAGGCAAUGCUUCAAGGUGUGAAGAACUACAGUAUUUGGAGGAGUGCGGAGUACCGAGUGAUUGAAUCAGACCAGUUAAAGUACCAUGUGCAGUGCCGUCAAGCUGAUAAUGGGUGUCAAUGGAGCCUCCGUGUGGCUCUUCGACAAAACCUCGGAUACUGGUAUGGUGGUGUGUUGCUUAUUACGGUUGCGCAAGAUGGGAAUAGCAACAUCCUGCCUAUUGCCUUUGCCAUUGUGGAGUCCGAGAGCACCGAGUCAUGGUCGUUCUUCCUCACUAAUCUGAGACGCCACAUCACCCCACAAGAUGACCUGCUGGUUAUCUUCGAUAGAUCUCAGGCUAUUAAGGCAGCGCUUUACGCCGAUGAUAGCAGUUGGUCUCCCCCUAGAGCCUACCAUGCUUACUGCAUAAGACACAUGACGGCGAAUUUCAUGACACGGUUCAAGUCAGCCGACGGCAAGAGGUACCUCAUUAAAGCUGCUUAUAGUCCAAGCAAGGCCGGUUACGAGUGGUACAUAGAUGCAUUGAGAAGAGUCUCUUCUGGGGGAUGCUUCAUAGCUUCAUCCAGAUUGAAGCUCACUGUUCUGCCAUCUACCUCAAAAGAAUAG